AUGCUACUGAAUGCCUCCACCAGCUCGCUUGCCUCAGUAGAGGGGGGCGAGAAGGGUCUCAAUACCAAUACGUUGGAUGCUGGAGAGGUCCGAAACGGCAGUGCCGAGGAAAAGAAGAAGGUGAGCGUGUUUGACUUGCUGGAAGAGAUCCUGGCGAACUUGACCAAGAUCAACAAGUUGAUGGAGUCCCACGAAGCCGAAACCUCGGAGCGGGUGACGAAGUUGAUGAAACGGGUGGGUAAGAUUGAAGAGCUGUUCAAGCAAUGA